AUGGGGAAGUCACAUUCCAAGAAUGUGCUUCCUAACACUUACGUGCCUGUGCUAUCGAAAAAAGUCCUAGCCAAUGUGCUUGUUCGACUACCCAAGAUCUCACUCAUAGAGUUCAUGAAUGUCUGGCCCAAGAUAGCCAAUACCCAGCCACAUAUGGACAAGGAAAACUCACACCAUAACCAACUACAGUACAAUCGACAUGUGUCUCAAGAUGCUCAAGGUUUGAAGAAAGCAGUGGGAAAAACUCCAAAACGAAAAGUCAUAGAUAAGAUCGUGUACCAGUACUGGUCCAAAGGGUUAAAUCUCUUGCAAUUGUCUCAGUUGGACUGCCAGCUUAUUGUAGACAGACCUAAUUCAUACUACUGGAUCACUUCUACUGUGAAAGACAGUCAUGACAGCGAAAUUCCGUUGCUGUUGGAUCCAAAACGGUUCCUUGACAAUCUUGCGCAUGAAUUGAGUACUCUCUUCCUAACCUAUAUCUAUCUCUGUCGUCAUCCCAGUUUGCCGUUGAUCAUUGUAAGGAUCCAGCUCUUUGAUCUUCAGGCAUUCAGUACAUCUUCAGAUUCCAGAAGACCACAUAUUAGUUCGCUCAAAGCGUAUUUUCUUGCUUUACCCUUGAACUCUCCCACUAUAAUCCACAGCACUGGCAAUGACUUGAUAACCAAAAUAGUCAUGCAAGUCGUAGAACGUAGUUUGCCACAGAAUGCCAACAAUUUACUCAGGAUCGUGACUCCAGAAAGGCAGACUCCCAUCCGAUCAUUAGAGUCCAUCCAUAUCUUGCAUGGCAAUUCUAGAUUUGGAAACAGUAUGGGAAUUUGGACUCCCUACGCAGAUGCAACAGUAGACAUGCUACCAUUCAAUGCAUUGGAAAAGCACAGUUCGAUAGCCAAAGAUGAAGCGGAUGACGAUUAUGAUAGUGAUGAUGUAAAAUUAAAGAAAUUGAAAUCCAUAGCAAACCUUCGAUUCAAUGGCUCAAAGACUGGUAAAUUGAAAUCAGAGAAAUUGUACGAAGACAACAGAAAAACUAAAACAAAAAGACGCAAGAUAUACUCCAAUGAUGACGAAGACGACUUCGAUGAGUUAGAUGAGGCAACCGAGAAUAGUGAGUUCGCUUCUAUAGCCCCAGUACAAUUUUCUGAGUUUUUGCUAAAGAAGAAAAUCCAUCAUGAUUCUCCCGAAAAGUCUCUGAUUACCAUAAGACUAACUGGACUGGAUGUAUUUGCUGGUCUCCAUGAGCUCUCAGUGAAGACAACCGACCGUGAUCAAAUGAUACUAGACCCUUCCAAAGUACCAGGAUGGUUAACGGGAGAAGAAGGAGCCAGCUGUGGAACAGUAGAAGAUGGAGUAUUCAAAAAAUAUGCAUAG